AUUUGCUUGAUUUGUUUUGUAUUGAAUUUUGUCAUGUCUUUGUCUGCACGACAUACAAUUCACAAUCAAAUUAAUAGAAAAAAUCCAUUAUAAAUCCAAAAUUCAAUGGCGACCAGUUAUGAUGUUUCGAUGACAAAUUUUGAUGGCAAUACUGGUGAUGAUGAUGAUGAUAAUAAUAUUCAUUAUAUCGCUAGUAAAUCAUUCAAUCAAUCAAUUUCUAAUGAACAACAACAACAAACUAUGAAUGGUUAUAAAAUUCUUUUUCAUAUUCCAGCACGUAAAAUUCUUAUUGGAAUAUUGAUUUUUCUCGCAAUUUUAAUUUCGCUUUUAACACUUGGUAUUAUUCUUAAUUAUUUCAUGGUUAAACAUACCAAUUGGUUUUAUCCAGAUCGACCAAAUAUUAGCCACCAACAUCAUAAUAAUAAUGAAAUUUAUUCAAUUCUUGAUACUUAUUCUAAAUAUUAUCCAAAAUUAACACGUUUAUAUACAAUUGGCUAUUCGAAUCGAAAUAAACCGAUAAAAGUAUUAGAAAUCAGUGAUCAACCUGGUGUUCAUGAACCAGGUGAAGCUGAAAUCAAACUAAUCGGCAAUAUUCAUGGUAAUGAAGUAGUUGGUCGUGAAUUAUUAUUACAUUUGAUUGAUCAUCUUUUGUCAACAUAUCAUUCAAAUUCAUCGACAAGAUCAUUAGUUGAUAAUGUACGUAUUCAUAUCGCGCCAACAAUCAAUCCUGAUGGUUAUGAAAAUGCAAACGAAGGCGAUUGUAUGGGUACUGUAGGUCGUUAUAAUGCUAAUGGAAGAGAUUUAAAUCGUAAUUUUCCCGAUCAAUUUGUAAAUAAUGAUAACAAUAAAAAACAAGAAAUCGAGACUGAAAUAGUUAUGAAAUGGACCAAACAAUAUCCAUUUGUUUUAUCUGCAUCAUUUCAUGGUGGUUCUUUAGUCGUUAAUUAUCCCUUUGAUAAUAAUAAAGAAAUGGUUAAAAAUGAAACAAAGUGUCCGGAUGAUGAUGUUUUUCGUCAUUUGUCUUUAAUCUAUUCCAAGAGUCAUCAAUAUAUGUAUAACAAUGAUGGACGUUGUCUUGAUUCAUGUGAUAAUACAGUGGAUUAUUUCUCACAAGGUAUAACAAAUGGUGCAAAAUGGUAUCCAGUUGCCGGUGGAAUGCAAGAUUGGAACUAUAUACAUGCGAAUUGUUUUGAAUUGACUAUUGAAGUUGGUUGUAAAAAAUAUCCACUAAGCAAUGAACUAGAAACUUAUUGGCAACAACAUAAAAAUUCAUUAUUAAAUCUAAUCAAUUCUACCUAUAGUGGUGUACAUGGUUUUGUUUAUGAUAAUCAUGGUCAACCGAUCGAAUCUGCUAUCAUUUCUGUCGAUGGAAUUGAUAAAAAUAUUACAACUUAUAAAACUGGGGAUUAUUGGCGUCUCUUAACACCUGAACGCCAAUACAGAAUAACAGCUUCAAAAUAUGGUUACGAUUCACAAACAUCAACAAUUUAUAUUCAUUAUUCAUAUCGGUUAGAUUUUACAUUAAAUGAGUCAAUUUUAUGA